AUCAACAAUCAAUUUUAGCUUGGGUCUAUCCGAAAGAAAAACCCAGUAUCGCACCGCCGGAACGGUCCUCUCAGGUGCCGGUACGGUACCACCCCCGCCGCCCACAGGCUCAAUUCCGGCCACGUUCGGUUUCACAAUAAGUUUUCACCAGCAGCUUGGUGGGAAACAUACUGCGAACAAGUUUGUGAGGUUUUGAGUCCUCGCGAAGUGCAGAGAGGAGCAGGGAAGAAAAAAAUGGAGGCGCUACAGCCAUUCAAGCACCUCGUCCACUUCGCUUCCUUGAGGUCAGGCCGCGCCAUUCAAAUCCGAUCUCCAUCUUCCCGCUUUAUCGUCCGUUGCUGCUCUUCUUCUUCUGCCGCCGCCUCGAGCGCCGCCCUCGGCUCCGCCGCCAGCCCGAACCGGCUUUCCUCGCCCAACCCUAACUCCACCUCCGACAGAGAAGCCAUUCGCUCGAUCCGCGUCAAGAAGGUGGAGGAAUUGAGAAUCAAGGGCUGCGAACCCUUCGCUUACAAGUGGGAUCGGACUCAUGCCACGAAUCAACUGCAAGAGAUUUACAGAGAUCUAAUGAACGGCGAAGAAUCGAACGGGGCCGGUGAUUUCGUCUCGGUUUCAGGAAGAAUUAUGGCCCGCAGAGCCUUUGGAAAGCUUGUUUUCUUGACCUUGAGAGAUGAAUCUGGCACGAUCCAGCUCUACUGUGAGAAGGAAAGGAUUCCAGAAGAUCAAUUUAACCAUCUGAAGACACUGGUUGAUGUAGGGGAUAUUUUGGGAGCUUAUGGUUCGAUCAAACGCACCGAGAAAGGGGAGCUGUCAGUUUGUGUGAAUUCCUUCUCAAUCCUCACAAAAUCCCUUCUUCCUUUGCCUGACAAAUUCCAUGGCCUCACAGAUGUGGAUAAGCGCUACCGGCACCGGUAUGUAGACAUGAUAGCAAACCCUGAGGUGGCUGAUAUCUUCAGGAAGAGGGCUAAAAUCGUCUCCGAAAUUCGGAAAACGGUUGAAUCGUUUGGGUUUCUUGAAGUUGAUACGCCAGUUCUCCAGGGUGCGGCUGGAGGAGCCGAAGCCAGGCCAUUCAUUACCCACCAUAAUUCUCUCGGAAGGGAUCUUUAUUUGAGGAUUGCAACUGAGCUCCACCUGAAGCGAAUGUUGGUUGGUGGGUUUGAAAAGGUUUAUGAAAUAGGGAGGGUAUUUAGGAACGAAGGCAUCUCGACGCGUCAUAACCCCGAAUUCACCACUAUAGAGAUUUAUGAAGCGUAUUCAGACUACCACAGCAUGAUGAACAUGGCCGAAGAGGUUGUCACGAGAUGUGCUCUUGCUGUGCAUGGGAAGCUCACCCUGGAUUAUCAGGGUGUGGAGAUUUGCUUAGAAAGACCUUGGAGAAGAGAGACGAUGCAUGAUCUUGUCAAAGAAGCUACCCGAAUUGAUUUCAACCAGUUUGGUAACGAUGGUGAUCUUACAGCCGUGAAACAACACGUUCUUGAAACAGUUGAUGUUUGUCGCGAGGACCAGCAGAGAAGCUGCAUUGAAGCAUGCCAAACCAUUGGCCAUUUGCUCAACGAGGUCUUUGAGAUGGUGGUGGAACCAAAGCUCCUGCAGCCUACAUUUGUGUUGGACUAUCCCGUAGAAGUCUCUCCGUUGGCAAAACCCCACAGAAGACACUCGGGGCUAACAGAAAGGUUCGAACUCUACGCUUGUGGUCGCGAGCUGGGGAAUGCAUUCUCAGAACUAACCGAUCCUUUAGAACAGAGAAAGCGAUUGGAAGAGCAGGUGAGGCAGCACAACGGGAAAGGAGGCUCCUAUGAAGUGACUCUUGAUGAGGACUUCCUCAUGGCUCUCGAGUAUGGGAUGCCUCCUGCUUCUGGAAUGGGACUCGGCAUCGACAGGCUAGUUAUGCUUUUAACCAACUCUGCCAGCAUUCGCGAUGUUAUUCCUUUCCCUGUCCUCAAGAUUCAACGGUGACAUAUUUAGUCGUUAAAAACGUAUCUCGUGGAAGGGAAUGUUUUGUUGAAACCAAUGGGUUUGAAUCCUUGGUGUUUGUUGUAGGUAUUCUAUUGUUAUUGAUGCCAAGAAGUUGAUUUUGGAGAAUGACUCCCAUGCUCCUGUCAGCAAUUGCUAGAAUUCUUGUAAAACAGAACGACCUUUGUGAAGUGUCAUUUUCUGUUUAACAUUUUUUUCCCUCUUUAUUAUCCAUUUUAUGAUCAUUUGAUGCUAUUGAACAUUAUUGUUCAUGUAAUUAUUAAAAUAUAUUUCGAUUA